AUGCAUUUUCCAUCAUCAUCUACAACCUCAUCCUCAUCACCAUCAUUACAAAAUCAAAUAUCAAAUACAGCAAAUUCCAAUAAUGUUUUAUUUCUUCCAUCCAAUACAUCAAAAAUGUCAUUUAUAAUUCCAAAUAAUAAUAAUACUAAUAAUACAAUAAAUAAUUCUAGUCAACAACAAAUUGUUUCCUCAUCAAAUAUACUUUCAUCAACACCAACAAGUGGAAUGACAACAUCAAUUAAUUUAAAUGGUAUAAAUCCACAAACAAAUUCAACGUCCAAUAUAUCAAUAUCAUCUGGACAAGUAACAUCACAACAACGUUUAACAUUUCCUCAACGAUCAACAUCAUUAAUACCAUCAUCAUUAUCAUCAUCACUAUCACUAUCACAAUCUCAACAAAUUCCACAAGAAGAAUUUAUGAAAAUUCUUCGUGUACUACAAGAAAAUAAUAUGACUGAAUCAGUUGAAACAUUUAGAAAAGAAUAUCAAACAUUAUUUAAUAAAACAGCAACACCAACAACAAUAUCAUUAAGUGAACCUUAUUUUAAUGCACUUGAUGGUUAUAUAUCAUAUGUACAAGAACAACCUGAUUCAAGUCGACAUGAAUUUGCUCAAUUAAUAUAUCCAUUAUUUGUUCAUAUGUAUUUAGAUUUAAUUGAAAAAGAUCAACUUGAUGAAGCACAAAGAUUUUUUAUGACAUAUGUUAAAAAUACAAAUUUACAAGCAACAGUUUUUGCAUCACAUAAAGAUGAUCUUUAUCGUAUUAAAUCAUUAAUUACAAAAGAACAAAUAGCACAAAGUGAAUAUGUUAAAUCAUUUCGUCAUAAUGGACGUUAUUGGAUUAAAUUAUGUAAUGCAUCACUUGAAUUACUUGAUCAAUUUUUAAUCAAACAACAAAAAUAUCCGUUAUUAACAAAAAUUGUUCAAGCAUAUUUUCAACUUGAAAUUAAUGAUGGUAGUGCACGUAAUGCUGAAACUCAACGUUUAUUAAGUGGUGGUCGUCUUGGUGAAAUUAAAACUGAAGAUAAUACGAAUCGAAUGUAUUAUGGUUUAUUACGAGAUCAUGAUCUAACAAGAAUAUUACAACAUAAAUCAAUACUUGCAUCAUCAACAGGUAUUGAUAAUGAUGAUGGUGCUGGUGAUGAUCAACCAUCAACAUCAAAAAAUCGAAAAAAACUUAAAAAAGAUUUUUUUAAUCAACGACAAAGUAAAGCUUCGUUAAAAGUUGAUCCUAAUGCACCACAACUUACACGAAUACCUAUUCCAGAAUUAAGAGAACAUGAACGAAUGGAUUUAAUAAAUACAUUUCAAGAAGAUUAUACACGAAUGUUAAAAAUAACACCUGAUAAUUUACCAUCUUGUUGUUAUUAUACUUUAUUAAAUGGUUAUCUUGAAAUAAAUUGUCUUGAAAUAUCCGAAGAUUCAACAUUACUUGCUGUUGGUUGUAAAAAUUCUAGUAUAUAUGUAUAUUCAUUAAAUCGUCAAAAAUUAAUAACAAUGAAACUUCCUCAUGAACUUGAAAGAUUAGAUAAAUCAAAUGAACAUAUAUAUGAACAAAUGAUGACUAAUGAUGAUAAUAAAGAUGAUACAAAUACAAAUCAUGAUAAUGAUAUACUUUAUAAUCAACGUUUAUUAUGUGGUCAUACUGGACCAAUAUAUGGUUUAUCAAUGUCACGUGAAAAAUGGUUUUUACUUUCAUGUUCAGAAGAUUGUACUAUACGUCUAUGGAGUUUAUUAACAUGGACAUGUUUAAUUACAUUUCGUGGUCAUACACAACCUGUAUUUGAUGUACAAUUUGGUCCAUUUGGUCAUUAUUUUGCAUCAUGUUCACUUGAUAAAACAGCACGUUUAUGGUGUAUUGAACAUGCACAAACAUUAAGAUUAUUUACUGAUGGUUGUAAUGAUAUGGAAACAUUAUGUUUUCAUCCAAAUUCAAAUUAUAUAGCAACAUCAUCAUCAGAUAGAAUUUUAAAAAUAUGGGAUUUAUUAGAAUGUAAAGAAGGACAACAAAUGAAACCUAUUAGACAAAUGUCUGGACAUAAAUUAAAUGUUUGUAUAUUAAAAUUUUCUAAAGAUGGUAGAUAUUUAAUAUCAGCUGGAUUUGAUCGACAAAUUAUGAUAUGGGAUUGUAGUAAUGGUUCUCUAGUUACAUGUUUACUUGGACAUUCGGAUGCAAUUUUUUCUAUGGAUAUUUCUCGUGAUGGUUUAAUACUAUGUACGGGUAGUGUCGAUUUUUCAAUACGAAUAUGGAAUUUUGGACAAUUAAUUAAAGAUAAAGAUGAUGGAAAAUUAGAUACUGUUCAACGUGUUACACCAUCAGCUAAAUAUGAACUUGUUACUUAUCGUACAAAACGAACAUCUACAACAUUAAUACAUUUUACUCGUCGUAAUUUAUUAUUAGGUUUUGGUGUAUUUAUUCCACCAAAUGAAUCAACAACUAAAACAAAAACUUAA